AUGGAAAUUAUUUUGUCUCUUAUUCCUUUCUUCAUUGCAAUGUUCUUCUUCCAUUCUUCAUUGGCUUCUCUUGUCUCUUUACCAAUGAAAAAUUCUGAAAACCAAAACAAAUCACCUGAAGAAAAUAAAACCGAUUCACCUGAUAACCUUCCAGAGAAUAUUGUUCAAAAUAUUUUCACUUUCCUACCAAUAAAAAAUGCAAUUGUAAUUGCAUCAACCGUGUCUCCUAGGUACAAAAGUUCAUGGCGUUAUAAUCGUCGAUUCUUGUUUGAUAGUGACUUCCAUUCGCGAUACAGUCAACCAGAUUUGGCAGCAAUGGUUGAUCAUUUAUUCAAUUCUCACAAAGGUGACGAAAUCAAAACAUUUAAGUUACACAUCGAUUCCAUUGGAAUCGAAGCUUUGCUUAAAAGAUGGUUAUAUAUAUGUACUGAAAAAAAUCUAGAAGAUCUUGAGUUGCAUCUUUACCAACCUGGUUUCACGGUUGAAUUUAGUGUUUUUAACGCACUUCACAAAUUAAAAACACUAAAAUUAGUUAAUUGUGCAAUUCAGUUAAUCGAGGUUCCGAGUGGUUUGCAAUUUCUGCAAACACUAAGUCUGUGUAACCUCCAUAUUACCGAAGAUAUGUUUGAUGUGUUGAUUGAGCAUUGUAAAAUGCUUGAAAUUAUUGAUUUGAUUAAAUGCUCUACAAUUAAUAAUCUCAACUUAAAUGCUAGAGAAAAUAAACAUUUCAAAAAAUUGAGACUUGUUGAAUGCCCAAACUUGGAAAAGAUUGAAAUUGAUUCACCAACUCUUCGUUCAAUUUUUUAUCAUGGAAAUUUUUGUACUGUUCGAAUUGCUGAAGGGAUGAAAUUGUAUGAGGCUUUCUUUUACUUUAUACCAUCCACACACUACAUUCAAUCCACUCCGCUGGAAGCUCUAGUCAAAGAUCUCUCUAAUGUUUCCAUUCUCACAACUACACCUCUACUUAUUGAGGGUGUGGCUGGGGUAUUACAAGGAGCUCAAUAUUGUUUUGAGAAUCUGCUGGAGCUUCAAUUGUUUACGGAUGAGGCAGUGUUUUGCAAUCCAUAUGACAUAUUCAUGUUUCUGAAAAAUUGUCCAUCCUUGGUGAAACUUUUCAUUGAUCUAAAUGAUUACAUAUUUGACCUUGGAAUGUAUUGGAAAUUGAACCAGCAGCCUCUACUUAACAACUGUAAUCACAAAUUUACUCAGCUCAAAGUUCUGGUGAUAAGGAGUUUUAAGUUUCUUCCUUCAGAACUUGAGUUGGUAAAGAUAGUUUUGCAAAGAGCAACAAUUUUGGAGAGGUUGACUUUAAUUUCACAAGAGAGUGAUGGUAGUAGCAAGUUUGAAGGAGAAGAUGUAGCAAAAUAUGUAAAACUUUUCGGUUCUUGGGCAGCAUCAACAAGGGUCAUAAUAAAGUACGUUGAUAAGAGUUUUGACAAUCCAACCCAUCCAAAACGUUGGCUUCAUACAGAUGCAAAUUGA